CUCCCUCCGCCCCUCCGUCCCGCACCCUCCCGUGCCCCGCCUGCCGCCUUGUGACACAUCCCGGGCCCUCCCGGAGGCGGCAGCAGCGGCCGCAGCAGCAGCAGCACAGCAGCAGCGCGAGCCGCCCCCUCCGCCGAGGCCGCAGCCCGGGCCGAGCCGCCCCCGGGCCGCCGCUGCCGCAGUCAUGGCCGCGGACGGGGUGGACGAGCGCUCGCCACUGCUGUCGGCAUCCCAGUCCGGGAAUGUCACUCCCACCGCCCCGCCGUACUUGCAGGAAACCAGCCCCAGAGCGGAACUCCCACCUCCAUAUACAGCCAUUGCCAGUCCAGAUGCCAGUGGUAUUCCAGUAAUAAACUGCCGUGUGUGCCAGUCCCUAAUCAAUUUGGACGGCAAGCUUCACCAGCAUGUGGUUAAAUGCACGGUUUGCAAUGAAGCUACGCCAAUCAAAAACCCCCCAACGGGGAAGAAAUAUGUUAGAUGCCCUUGUAAUUGUCUCCUCAUUUGUAAGGACACAUCUCGGCGAAUAGGAUGUCCGAGACCCAACUGUAGACGCAUAAUUAACCUUGGCCCGGUAAUGCUUAUUUCUGAAGAACAACCAGCCCAACCUGCAUUGCCAGUCCAACCAGAAGGUACAAGAGUCGUGUGUGGGCACUGUGGAAACACAUUCCUGUGGAUGGAACUGAGGUUCAACACUCUGGCAAAAUGCCCACACUGCAAAAAAAUCUCCUCAGUGGGUAGUGCACUUCCGCGAAGACGCUGCUGUGCAUAUAUUACCAUUGGAAUGAUAUGUAUUUUCAUUGGAGUUGGAUUAACUGUUGGCACCCAAGAUUUUGCAAGGAGAUUUCAUGCAACCUAUGUUUCUUGGGCAAUAGCUUAUCUCUUAGGUUUGAUCUGCCUUAUCCGAGCUUGUUACUGGGGAGCCAUCAGAGUCAGUUAUCCAGAACACAGUUUUGCAUAAGCUUGCUUAUGAUUCAGUGAUGCAGGUGAGAGUGUCUAGCAGUUCUUGAUAAGCUACUCUGGACAUCUUUAAAUUAUUUAUCCUAAUGGAUUCCAUUCUGAUUUAUGUAUACUAGUUUCAAGACUUUGGGAGUCUUUUAUGAACAAAUGCUCAUUGCACUACAUUAUAUGCAAAUAGUUUGUUUUGCUGCUAGGAUUUCAAAUUGGAAUAAGAAAGCUGUGUUUUCAUGUUCUUUUACAUCUCUUAAAGAUAUUUUUGGAUUUGUUACAAACAUUACAUAUAAUAGCAGCCUUUCAUUAUUUUUAAAUCAGUUAUUUCAUUACUGGCUGAUCUAUGAGUAUUACCAAGAAGUGUUUAUAAAUGUUUCUACAUUAGUUUCACAUUUAUACUUACAUUUUAAUUAAACAGUAUCAAAAUUGCUUGCUUAAAAUCUAAGCAAUAUGCAUUUUGCUUGAACUGCUUACAGUAACUUUAACCUAAGAUUAUAGUGACCUUAUUCAGGAAAAAUAAUUUAGUGUACCUUCAAAGACUUGACAUUCUUGUCAGAGAAAAAAACAUUUCUAGAUACUGUAUGCUUGUUUUUUGUUGUUUGUAGAAAGAUACAAUAUUUUGGUAGUAAUUUAAAAUACAAGAAUGAAAAUAUUUAUUUGUCCACAGUUGGAAAUGUUGGAUAAAUGUCUUCUUUCAAAGAUCACAGGACUUUUUGUCUUUCAUUUUUGUCAUUUACCAGUUAUAAAAGAUCUGGUUUGGAUUUAUGGAAUUUAAUGUUAAUCAGCUGUAUGUAUUCCUUUAUAGGGACUGGAGGAAGUAUUUCACAUAACAUGUUUUGUAAUACUUAACCAAUUUAAUCAAAGAUUAAGGGUUGUGCUCCUUUUCAUUAGAUCAUGGUAAAUUUUUCUUACUGGGAUAAUUAUGUACUACUUGUAUAUGAAGGGAGCCUUUGGCAUUUUACACUAGCAAAAAUGUUAGUUUAGAGGUACUCUUACCAUUCUUCUCAAAAAUAACUGAUCAGAUAAUUAUACAAAUUAUUCAAGAAAAUAGAUCACAGAUGAAGAGCAACAUUGUUUUCUAAGAAUUCAGUAGGAUUUAUGGAAUCAGCUCUCGCACUGCCCAUGUUUGCAGUUUUGAAAAACAAAUUGCUUAUUGAGAAGUAAUAUUCUAAAGUCUUUAAUGUAAUAGAAUUAGCUGAGUAAGUUAAUUGGUGAUUCCAGGGAUAAGACUAAUAUUUUAAAUUAUUUAUGUUCUUGAAUAGUUUAAAAAUGUAUUCGUCAGAGAAUUUGGAACAAAAUAUACAUGUAAACUUCACAGAGUAAAUGAUAAAUGUAUCAAUGCAGUAGCUCAGGAUUAUAUGUACCUUUGAAAAUACACUAAUAAAGAUUAUUGUUCAAAAA